AUGACAGAUUCUGAUGAUCACGCUCUACUCAUCGCAGAAGAAACACGUCCACUUAAGAUCGACUAUGUUCUACACUAUAACACAUUGGAAUCAGUUUCCAUGAAUGAACCUCGUAUGCUAGAUAACUUGAAUCCGGACCAGUGUACUGUUAAUGAACUCACGGAUAUUAUACGUGAAAAAGAGAACGAACAUGACCUAGGCGUGCAGUUAUAUACUGCUGAAGGUGUUCCUCUUACUGGAGAUAUUUUUUUCAAUAGAUGGACUCUGAGAAAAAGAAGAAUCGAAUCGGGGUCUAUGUUGUUUGUUAUUUUUCAUUCCGGUGGAUCAGAGAAUAUACGUAUUCCAACUGAUGAGAAACUGGACCAUGCCAUAGGAUCUGCUGUUCUGAACGUGCAUAUAAUGCUCGGCGGUGACCAUGAGAUUCGCGCGGAAUUAGGAAUUGACACUAUUAGGACACUGAAACGAAAGAUAUAUGAUGCAACAGAGAUUGAGACGAGUUGUCAAAAACUAAGACUUGAGAGCAUAGAGGACGGAUCAAUUCAAGAAGAAUGGGAAAUCGAUAAUACGCUAGAAGAGAACGGUAUAUGUGAUAGUGAUUCCAUCGUUGUGGUUUUGGCGUCUGGUAUAUAUAAAGAAUAUGGAUCGAAAAAUGCGAAAUGUGGAGCAGACAUAGAACCUUUCACACAACAAACUGAGACUGGAUUGGCGGCUUUUUAUUCAGUGCUAUACGUGGUGGUCAAUUAUGUUGACGAAGAAGAUGCAGAUAAUAUUGUGGAGUUUGUGAGGCAGCUUUCAGGGUGUCCUCCGUUGGCAGCCGCUCUAGGAACUUACUUCCAUCAUAGAAAUAUGGUAUAUCCAGAAAAGGUUGCAUUAUUGGAAGGAAUGUAUUUCAUUUUCCGAAAGAUUCUGCCAAGAAGACACAUCGGAUUUGGAAUGGUUGCAAACACUGGGAUAAUUGAAAAUGAACGUGUUUUUGAGUAUUCACCUGCAUGCUGGGCAUACAUACUUGAAAAUUCGAAGAACUAUGAGGCUGAUGUUGACGACUUUAAGUAUGUGGAUUUGGUUUGCCAUCUAACAUAUGAAAGACUUGCUGAACCAGUGAAAAUAGUUGGGCGUGAAGGGCAGGAGUAUACAUGUGAAAGGCGGUUGGCGAGGAAAAAAAUCGAAGAUUGUGAGCUGGUUGUGGGCGUUUUAUUCGACCCGUCCUUAGCAGAUGCUCUAAUCCCGGAUACUUCCCUGGAACGAUUGUUGAUGUGCCUGCCAUACUCAAGAAAAAGCUGUUAUAUUUGGAAGAUUCCACCAAAAUAUAAACCAGAAUGUAUUAAUAUCAAAACUGAGAGUGUAGAUGUAUUGGAAGCACGCAUACCUGAGUAUGAGUUUUUGAUGGUCUAUCCACCAUUACGAUUGAAGGACACAGAUGUAUUACGGCCCUGUCUGUCUAUGAAUGAGAAAGGUCUUUUGGUUGCAUACACUGCUACAUGUAAAGCAUCUGGACCAGUUCAAGUGAUUAUUCACAAUCCAAUAGAAAUGAGAAGUGAAAAUGUAUUCCCAGAUGAUUUAGCAUAUAGGUUAAAAGAUUACCAAUUUUCUCAAACGAAAUGUUCUCUUGUUAAGUCUAAAGAUGGACAGUUUAGCAGAAAUCCUACAGAAGCUAUUGUUGUGUUAUUUGAUAUCAGUGGAUCUAUGGACAGUCGGUGUUUGAAUGGCUCAAUGACACAGCUUGAUGCAAUUAAACAGUUCUUCUGUGCAUUUGCGGACAGAAGUAUGGCAUAUAACUUUAAACAUGUUAUUGGCCUGACUACUUUCAACAAUACAGUGCACGUUAUGGAUACGUGUACUGAGGCUUUUGAAAGUUUCAAGAAUGAAGUGGCAUACUUGCACAGUGGAGGUGGAACUGCCAUGUAUGAUGCUAUUAAUAAUGCUUUGUCGCAACUGGAAGUAAUAAGUAAAAAGUAUCCAGCAUGCAAAAAGAGAAUAUUGUGCCUCACUGAUGGAUGUGACUGCUCAUCAAGAACAAGCAUUCUUACAACAGCAAAUGCUUUGCAGGCAUCUGAUGUGUGCCUUGACUCAGUCUUGGUAGGGAGCAACAACAAACGUUUGCAAUGUCUUUCCAAAAUUUCAGGUGGAUGCUGCUUUUUUCCCGAAACAGAGAAAGAUGGACUGAAACUAUUCGAAAUGGAAACAGUUUUGUCCCUCAGUGCUAGAAAAGAUAUCACGAGAAAAUAUAGCGUGACAACACAGAAUGACAUAGAUAAUUACGAGAGAUAUACCUACUUCGAGUAUGAUAAACAGCCAGCUUAUUGCGUACCCGGCGAUCUUAACGAGCGAGUGUCAUCAACUCAUACAAUUCUAAACAAAGUCGCCUGUGACCUAAAUCAAGGUGGCCUGUCUGCUGAUAAGUCAACUGGUAGACUGAAGAGGAUACUUCGUGAAAUAUCGGCGUACCAUAAACAGCCACAUCCACACGUGCACAUCUUCCCGUGUGAAAUUAAUGUUGCACUGUGGCGUAUACUACUUGUUGGACCAUUGGAUACUCCAUAUGAAGGCGGUGUGUUCUCACUAUAUGUUGAAUUUCCAGAAAACUAUCCAUUAGCACCACCUAAAGUUAGGUUUCUUACUCCCAUAUACCAUUGUAACAUUAAUGCUGCUGGUCGUAUAUGUCAUAGUAUAUUUGAUAGAGACUAUACAUCCCGCACAACAUUCAGUAAAAUUAUGUUAUGCGUCUUUGGGUUGCUGAUCACCCCGGAACCCGACGAUCCAUUGGACAGUAUCACAGCUGAAGAAUAUAUUACAAACCAAACAACAUAUUAUCGUAAAGCCAAAGAAUAUACUAAAACACAUGCAAGUAAAUCUCUACAGCAUCACAAGCAGGCAUUACUAGGCAACACCCCUGCAGAUUCAGAGCCUCCACCACCGGAGCUAGUGUGUCCACUUACAGGGGAGAUGUUCGUUGACCCAGUGCGAACACCUAGUGGAAAAGUGUAUGAGCGGCAUGCCUUGGAAUCACACUUAUCAUUAAGAAAGGAAGACCCUUUGACUCGUGAACAUCUGAGAAGGGACCAACUUAAAGAAAAGAAUGAUAUCAAGAAACUUGUCUUCGAAUUUCGUAGCAGUAGAAUUAAAGCUGCUGCUUGGUGGCAGGAUAAAUAA